CCCCACCACACCUUCAGCACUUAUAAGAGUGGUAAUCAGCCAUGCACACGGAGUCCACAGCAUCAUUUGAAGAGCAGCAAGAGUUACAAGAGGCUCAAGAAAUACAUUAACUUGGCAGAAUGGACCUCAUUUUAAUCAAAAUAUUUCUGAUCAACCUGGGCACAUGCGUCUUUUUUGUAUUGGUUAGUCUUGUCGCCGUGUAUUUCCUGUGGCCUUCAAAGCUGUUGGAGAUGACCAAUUGGUAUUUAUCUAAGAAAUAUGGGUUAAAGAAGAACUAUGUCAAGCACGAGGGUUACCGGUUCUGUUACUUCUCCCGAGGAAAGCCCAGUUUUGAGCCCUCCAUCCUGUUGCUGCACGGCUUCUCGCUCAACAAGAACAUGUGGCUAAUGAGCAUCUCAUAUUUUCCUAAGGACACCCACUUGAUAUUUGUGGACUUGCCUGGACAUGGGGAAACGUCUUGUUUGCCAGGAGACAACUACAAGGCAGUGGAUCAAGCCAAAAGGUUACGCCAGUUUGUUGAAUGUACGGGUUUGUGCAGAACGCCUUUCCACCUAGUUGGCAUCUCCAUGGGCGGAAUGAUUGCUGGGGUUUAUGCUGCUCUCUAUCCAUCAGACCUCUGUGCCUUGUCCCUCCUUUGCCCCGCAGGUGUGAAGUAUCCAGAAGAUAAUGAGUUCAUAAAGCACUUGAAGGAGUUAAAGAAAAACCAAAAACUUGCUUGCAGUAAUCCUCUCAUACCUUUGAAUAUAAAGGAAUCAAGACACCUUUUCAAAAUUGCCACGUUCAGUUCUAAGCUCGUACCCCGUCAGGUUAUGAAAGGACUACUCGAACUGCAUGAACAUGACAACAAAUUUUACUCAAAAUGUUUUUUAGACAUCACCGAGGAUGACAACAUGCACUGCCUUGAUGACCACAUAAGCAAGAUUACAACUCCAAUGCAGGUUAUCUGGGGAAAGGAUGAUGUUGUAUUGGAUCCAUCUGGGGCAGAAAUUUUAGCCAGGGCUAUUCCUGGUACCCAAGUGCACUUAUUGGAUAAAUGCGGACAUUUCCUAUUAUUCGAUUCACCCAAAAUACCCAUAGACCUUAUCAUGGACUUCCACACUUCGGUUUGGUACACAAUAAAUAAGAAAUUGGCAUAAUUCAAGAAUCAAACAUUUCAUGCAUCAAAUGAUCUAAAGGAAAUAAACACCGAAAUGUCACUGUGA